UGGAUUUAUUGCGCGGCAGACGCAAAACCCAAUUUUUCCAUAGAUAUUCGCGUUUCAACGCAGCACAGUACUCGUCUAUUCUCAUCUCUCAACUCAAACGGUGGUGUGAGACAGAGGACACCUACUUGACGUGGGGUGGAUGCCAACAACUGAGAGAAGACUGUUUUUGGUUUAGUCAUUGGGCGACAGCAGGAAAGGUGCGCGUGUUCGAAUGCUCAGCUGGCACGGGUGUUUUUUCCCUGGCAAGAAAGCGAUAGCGGGAGAUGCUGCUGGAGUUGCUUUUGCGCCGUUCCGCUCUCUCUGUCUCUCUGGUUUUAAUCUUUCCAUGUUGGGACAAUACAUUUGGCGAAGGGAGAUGUGAAGAGGCUUAAAGUAUGGCAUGCAAAGAUGGUUUCUGCCAAGAAGGAGAUGGUAACUGCGAUGUACCCCAGUUACAUUUCGACUCUCUUCUACUUUUUCUGCCUGACUGCUUGUGUAAAGAGAAUCUCUGGAACGAUAAAAAAGGAUGAGAGAAUAUAUCCCGAGAAUUUCACACGCAUUUUAGACAGACUACUGGACGGGUAUGACAACAGACUGCGACCUGGAUUUGGGGGUCCGGUGACAGAGGUGAAAACAGACAUUUAUGUGACAAGUUUUGGGCCUGUCUCUGAUGUUGAAAUGGAGUACACCAUGGACGUGUUCUUCAGACAGACAUGGGUGGACAGGAGGCUGAGGUAUGAGGGGCCUAUCGAUAUCCUCCGACUCAACAACAUGAUGGUCACCAAUGUGUGGACUCCUGACACCUUCUUCAGGAAUGGCAAGAAGUCUGUGGCACACAACAUGACCGCCCCCAACAGGCUGUUCCGCAUCAUGAAGAAUGGCACGAUUCUUUACACCAUGAGGUUGACUAUCAGUGCGGAGUGUCCCAUGAAGCUUGUGGACUUCCCCAUGGAUGGACAUGCAUGCCCUCUCAAGUUUGGAAGCUAUGCAUACCCUAAAACAGAGAUGAUUUAUACCUGGACCAAAGGACCACAGUAUUCAGUGGAGGUUCCCCCAGAAUCCUCCAGCCUAGUGCAGUACGAUCUCAUUGGCCACACUGUCAGCAGUGAGGAGGUCAAGUCAAUCACAGGUGAAUACGUGGUGAUGACAGUGCACUUCCACUUGAAGAGGAAAAUGGGCUACUUCAUGAUUCAGACGUAUAUCCCCUGCAUCAUGACAGUAAUCCUCUCCCAAGUGUCCUUCUGGAUAAAUAAAGAAUCGGUCCCGGCUCGAACAGUCUUCGGCAUCACCACGGUCCUGACCAUGACCACGUUAAGCAUCAGCGCGCGUCACUCCCUCCCCAAAGUCUCCUACGCCACGGCCAUGGACUGGUUCAUUGCCGUGUGUUUCGCCUUCGUCUUCUCCGCUCUCAUCGAGUUCGCUGCCGUCAACUACUUCACCAACGCAGAGAUGGAGAGACUGAAAAGGAAGCCGCUAAAAUGCCCGCCGGCGCCCCAAACAACCCCAGUGAAAGUGAAGGAUAUGGAGGAAGUUCUGCAGCACAACCCUGACACCAAUGGUAACCUGCGGAAACGGAUGAACUACAUGUCCCAGCAAGAUGGCCAGAAUGCUGAGUCCAACAGCACAGCAGUGGCAAGAGGGGUAACCAGGGAACAACCCCAGUCUUGCCAAUCAUCUUCAUCCAAGGGUGCGACUGGCGGCGCCAUCAUCCUACCACACUCCAGCCCCGGCCUUGCCAGCCAACCCAACGCUUCCUCCUCGACCCUGUCCGCCAUGAACACGCCCCCGGCUCCACCCACCACCCCGACAAUACCAGCCAACCAGACCCAGCCCACCGCUGACUCCUCGCUCCAGGACCUUCUAGGACCCAGACUGGAGCACAUUCAGCUGAUGGGCAAAAAUGAGCCCAAGCAGUCGCCAUGCUCCCAGCCAACCACCACCAGUACGGGCGGGACCAGUAAAAUUGACAAGUACGCCCGCAUCCUGUUCCCAGUGUCCUUUGGAGCAUUCAACAUGGUGUACUGGGUGGUUUACUUGUCGAAAGACACCAUGGAGGCCAAAUUUAGAGGCCAAAUCUAG